CCCUGACUCAUCUCCAGCUCUCAGGCUGGUAAUAUUUUAUUUCCUAAAGGCUUGCAUCUUUGUACCCACUAUUUCAAGACUGAAGGGCCACCAGAAACAGCUUCAGCGAUGUAUAUAUUCGACUUAUCACCCGCUGCUGAGCGCUCAACAUCAUUCUCCCAAACUCCUCCCAAAACCACAACAGCACGCGAUAGUAACUCUUCCAGUCCCACCAGGCAUGAAAACCAAGGUCCCAUCAAGAGCCGGGCAGGCGCUAGAGCCCUUCCUAAGGCUGAAAAUCAAUCCUCCCAAAGAGCCAGUCUUCCUCAACAAAAUUGCUAGCUGGAUCUGCGGCUGCAGCAGUCGUAACCGCCGUCGUGCUCACAAUCCCUCGGAGGAUGCCUAUGAGGAUGCCUGUGAGGAUGAGGAUGGCAAUUGUGGAUGCGAUUAUACCCAAUCGUCCUAUCCGACCAGUCCAUACACAAUGAGCUUGAAUAUCUAUCAUCAAGGAUCGUUGUGUAGCGACUACAACGGCAUUCAUAUUGAGCCGGCUGAAUCCCGCGAAAGAGAAGAAGGACUCGUACGCUGUGAAAAACAAUUGUGCGCAGGCAUCGAUAGCGCCGACGCGCCGACUACGAUCUCCCCUCCCAUUAGUCCUAUGGACAUAGGUGCCAGUGGUAGUGCUGACGAUGAGGUAGCAGCUAUUUUUCGGUUGCAAUUGGAGCUGGAGUGGCGACUGAUCCUAGAUCGAGAGCAGUGUAUGAGGGCAAUGGAGAGAUGGGAUCCGACAGUGUACCUCAGGUCAGUUGUCCCAGAAAAGUCGAUUGGCGUGGACUGGAACAGUUGCGGAGCAACUGAACAACAAAGCACGGCUACGGUGAUAGUCCCACCAGUGCACAAGACGACAUCCGAUGCGAUUCCCAUACUUUCGGCAUUGACGGCUAGAAACGUGAAUAGCGAGAUUGCUGCGCAAUAGACUUCUCGAUAAGAGCAGCGUGGUCUCAUUCCCAGCGCUCCCUGAGGAUGAGGAGGAGAAGGGUGAAGAAGAAACGUGGGAGAGUGCGCGAGAGAGUAAGGAGGUAUAGUCAACAGAGGCAGCAUCGGGGGGUCGAGUGACCCUUGGGAGACUAUCUGGCGACCACAAAAGAGGCCUGGAAUGAAAGCAACCUAGUUCCAUUAGGAGUAAGUAACAUUGUCUUUUAGGUGCGAAAGAAGUCAAGUAAGACUGCAUGUUUGCACCGGUGACCACAAAGAGAAGAAAAUAAAACCGCGCCUUGUCGCUGCAUGUGUGAGGGUAUCAGCAGACGUCUUUCAGAGAACAUGGAAAAAGAG